AUGACGCGCUUGUGUGAUUAUGGUGGUGAUUUAGGUUCAGAUUUAGGUUUGCAUGUUAAAGAAUUUGGUGGAAUCUUCACACCAAGGAAAGAUGAAGUCAGUGCGAUAUGGAAAGAUGGAAAUCGUGCUGGUUUAAGAAGUAAUUCGAAGAAAACACUUACUGAUGUUGAUAAUCAGCCUAAGAUUUGGCAAUAUGCUAUACCUGUUGAUGAAUGGUUUGUAGCAAAAGUGCAAACUACUUUAAAUCAUGAUCCCAUUUUAAAGUUAAAAACCAAAUUGAAUGAUGUUGAGUUAGAUUUGUUUAGAAAGAGUCCUUUUGGUUAUUUUCUUGAUAUGCCAGUUUUUAAGGUUCAAACACAAGUUUUGCAUUUCCUUUUAUUGAGGUUGCUUAACCAACCGAAUGCAAAUGAAUUGUGGUUUAAUAUUGGGGGAGUGAGACUGAAAUUUGGGAUUGAUGAGUUUGCCUUAGUUACAGGUUUGAAAUGUCAUGGAGAUAUUAGUAAACUUAAGUUUAGAAACACAUCUGAUGGGAUCUUUGACAAAUAUUUUAAGGACCUUAGCUGUUUUAAUAAGCAAGCCUUAGAGGAUGUUUUUGUCACUAGGAGAUGGUCUAGUCCGGGAGAUGGAGUUAAAAUAGCAAUUUUAUAUUUUCUUGAUGUGUUUCUGUUUUCGUCUCAAAACGUAAAACGUGUUUCCAUAGUUAACCUUAACAUAAUUGAGUCAAGUGAGUGCAAUGAAUUUUCAUGGGGACUAGAUUGUUUUAAUUGUGGGAUAGAUGAUUUAAAGGAUAAGUUGAAAGGGAAAAGUAAGCAAUUUGAAGAAGAAGGUAAAAUCCCGUUUUAUCGGCUGGCUGUUUUCAUUUAUGCCUUGCAAUGUUGGUUCUAUGAAUGUUGCCCUGUCGCGGUCAAUAACCUUGCAAUUUUGGAGAAUGGCUAUGCUAUCCCAAGGAUUUUGAGAUGGAAAGUUGACAAUAAUCAUGGCGUUGCGGAAUUAGAGAAACCUUUCUUCUCUUUGAAUGGAAAACAGAUGAAGUUGAGGAAAAUCACUCCUUCUGUUGAGGAGAUGAAUAAGUUGGACUUAUCUCAUUUUUUUAUCAAGGGAAAGGGUAAGAAGAAGGAGGUGAGCGAGAAUUUAUCUGAUUCAGAAGAUGAUAAAGCUGAAUAUCAAGGUGGUGAGGCAUCAUCUUCAGCUUUACCAAAGAAAAGAUCGCAUCUUGAUCAUUUUGAGAAAGAGCUGCAGACGGUGGUUUCUUCUCAAAAUAAAAUUGUGGAAGAUUUGAGUUGCUUUAAAGAUUAUGUGACUCUUCAGUUUACUAAUCUUUUUAAAGUUCUUGAUUCAAUCAAGAAGAGCUCAAAUCAUAAUGGAGCUUCAAUUAGUGAUAAUGGGUCUGAUGACAAGGAGGAGGAUAUAUCGUUUAAGGUGAUCAAUCGCAAUAUUGUGCAGCCUAUUGUGGAAAAAAGGAACAAUUUGGCGGAGGAUGAUACGGCAGUAGAGAAUAAAAAGGAGGUUGAGCAAGAAGAUCAAACUAAUUUAUCUCAAGUUGAUGAAGCAGCAAAUGAGUUUGAUAAAGUUUCUAGUGAUGAAGUUGAGCCUGAAAUCGUAAAGGCUGCAGAAUGCAACAUCGAUAAGACGUUAAAGGAUGCACAAUGCAACAUCGAUAAGACGUUAAAGGAUGCACAAUGCAACAUCGAUACAAUUUUAAAGGAUGUAGAAUGCGAUAUCGAUGAAAUGGAUGCUGCCACUUUUGACGAAAUUAUUUCUUUUGCUACAAUUGCAGUUGAGAAAAUAAAAUCACAAAAGAAAGCUAUGGCAUGUUCAUUUAAUGACAAUAGAAAUCAUCCUGAAAUUAUCGCUGCAGCUAUGUGUUUAGAUGCUUUUGAGAUUGCUGAGAACAAGGGUGGUUGUUCAAAUCCAAACCUUGAAGCUGUUAAUGUUUCAAAUACUUUAUCACCUGCCUCGAAUUUUGAGAAUAAGGGUGCUUGUUCAAAUCGAAGCCUUGAAGCUGUUGGUGUUGUUUUAAAGACUUUAUCCUCGGCUUCGAAUUUUGAGAAUAAGGGUGCUUGUUCAAAUCGAAGCCUUCAAGCUGUUGGUGUUGUUUCAAAGACUUUAUCCUCUGCCUCAUUUAUUAUUGGUUGCUUAGCAGUUUAUUAUGUUUUCCUUAGUAGUUGUUUAAUAUCUGUUUUUGUUAAAUUUUUGUCCUUUUUUAGAAUUUUGAGAACAAGGGUGCUUGGUCAAAUCGAAGCCUUGAAGCUAUUGGUGUUGUUUCAAAGACUUUAUCCUCUGCCUCGGUAUUUUUUUUGA